AUGCCUACCCAUCUCACUAAGACUAGGAAGCACCGUGGUAACGUUUCGGCAGGUCACGGUCGUAUCGGCAAGCACCGCAAGCACCCCGGUGGUCGCGGUCUGGCCGGUGGUUUCCACCACCACCGUACCAACUUCGACAAGUACCACCCUGGUUACUUCGGUAAGGUCGGUAUGCGCCACUACCACCUGCUGCGCAACCCCCAGCACAAGCCUAUUAUCAACCUGGACAAGCUCUGGACCCUUGUGCCCGCUGACCUGCGCCGCAGCGUGACCGCCGAGUCGACGGAAGUCCCCGUCAUUGACACUCUCGCCGCGGGCUACGGCAAGGUCCUCGGUAAGGGCCGUCUCCCCCAGCUGCCCGUGAUUGUGAAGGCGCGCUGGGUCUCGGCUCUGGCUGAGAAGAAGAUCAAGGAGGUCGGCGGUGUCGUCAAGCUGGUUGCGUAA